AUGCCGUGUGAGGGCUUGCCGGCAAUGAGAGAAAUGGAACUGCUGGACUUCUCCAACAACCGCCUCACCAACCAGUACAUGUACAACCCCCGCUGCGUUUACAAUGGAACCAUGCCAAACCUCCAGACUUUGUACUACACCAACAAUGAACUCACCAGCCUGAAAGUUAUCUCCUCGUCUGUGAAAUAUUUUGUACGAUUGAAGGUUCUGGACGUAAGCUUCAACCAUCUGGGCUCUGCUCCUCUCAGCACCGGUUGCAUCUGGAACCAUAAUAUUACUCGCUUCAUUGCACACCACAACGAGUUUGCCAGUGAGUCCUUGCUUUGCCUGCCAGCCACUGUGGAGUACUUGGAUCUUUCAUACUGCAGUCUGGACAAGGUGGACACAGCAUUCUUUGACAAAGCCGUGAACCUCAAAGAAGUGCUUCUAAGUGGAAACAAAAUCAAGUACAUUCCGCCAAACUGGAAAAGCCCAACCCUGCGAUCGCUGGAACUCGAUGGGAAUUCUUUUGGUGUCAUAACAGUGAACUCAUUUCAAGAUAUGCCGCUGAUGAAAUCUCUCAAAGCGGGGAACAAUCCUUACCAGUGCACGUGCGAGCUGCAUGCGUUUUUUGAGGACACCUUGUCGAAGGCAAUGGUGAAUUUAACCGACUGGCCGUGGAACUACCACUGCUACCACCCACAGGCUCUGCUCAACACCUACAUCUCCAAGUUUGUCCCAGGGCGUCUGGCGUGUGACGUCCGACUGGUCGUCCUCAUCGCCGUGGCCACGACUGCAGCUUUCCUCAUGGCUCUGAUGGUGGUCUGCUACGUCUUCGAACUCCCCUGGUACACCAAGGCCACGUACCAGAUCCUCAGAGCCAAAUACCGAGCCUACCAGACCCCGCCUGGAGAGGAGGCAAUGCUCCGGUACCACGCCUUCAUCUCCUACAGCCACUGGGACGCCGACUGGGUGAGGGACCAGCUGCUGCCCGCUCUGGAGGACCGCGGGAACCCUUACCGUCUGUGCAUCCACGAGAGAGACUUCACACCCGGGAAGUGGAUCAUCGACAACAUCAUCGAGAACAUUGAAAACAGCCACAAGAUGAUCUUCGUGCUCUCUCGGCAUUUCGUCAACAGCGAGUGGUGCAACUAUGAGCUGUACUUUGCGCAGCAGCGAGCGAUGGGGAAGACCUUCCACGACGUCAUCCUGGUUCUGAAGGAGCCCAUCGACCCCGGUUCUCUGCCCAACAAGUACUGCAAGCUCAAGAAGAUGUUGAGCACCAGGACCUACCUGGAGUGGCCCCAGCAGCAGAACCAGCGAGCCUUCUUCUGGGCUCAGCUGCGGAGCGUGCUGGGCAGACCGGCCGUGGUGAGGUCCAGGAGCGGGAGCCAGAGGAGCCGAGGGGGCUCUGAGGAGAGGGAGCCACUGGUGGACAGGCCUGGGUUAAGUGUGGAGGUCAUAGAGGAGAGAGAAGCCACUCAGAUGCUGCGGGUGCUCCUCCUGUGUACUAUAUUCUCUGGAUCAAACCCAUAUCUGAUCCCUGGGGCCUCCUCCUCAACUGAGGCCUCAUCCAUUGAGACUUACUUCAUUGUAGCCUCCUCCACAGAGACCUACUCCACUGUGACCUCCUCCUCUCCUGUAGCCUUCUCCUCUGUAGCCACCUCCACUGACACCGCCUCCUCUGUAGCCUCCUCCUCCCCUGCGGUCUCAUCCACUAACACCUUCUCCACUGCGGUCUCAUCCACUGAGACCUCCCCAGUGGCCUCCUUUGCUGUGGCCUCCUCCCAAGUGGCUUCCUUGGCUAUGCCCCCUUGCUUCAUCUACAAAUCGCGCCGCAACGCAAACUGCAUGGGGAGACAUCUGGCCUCUGUUCCCCAGAACCUUCCACCCACUCUGGAACUCAUCGACCUUUCAUACAACAGUCUCAGUUCUCUACACUCCAAAGACUUUUCUCGUUUCCCCAAACUCCGAGAUCUUCUUUUAUCCUUCAAUAACAUCUCUUUCAUUGGUGAAAACGCCUUCCAGCACAACAGCCUACUUGUGACCCUGAACAUUGUCGACAACUCCCUUCGACAAAUCCCAGACAAAGCACUGCGUCAUCUCUCAAACCUUAAAUCUCUGGAGAUGAAUAACAAUUUGUUUGAACAAGCGACACUACCAGAAAGCUUUGCUAACUUCCCCAAGCUCCAAGUGCUAGCGAUAGACAUUCUCAGUGAUCUGGCGAACAGGACUUUUACCGAGCUACAGUUCUACAAACUGUUUGACCAGACCUACUACACAGGGACAAUGGAUAUUUUCAGGGGCUUGGAGAACAUCUCAGCGUACAGACUGGACCUUUUCAGAGGGAUAUAUAACCAAAACCUUCUAACGAUGCUGCUGCAGAACCUACAGAAAACUCAGAACAUAAAAAGACUGAGGCUGCGGUACAUAGACUAUGUCCAAUCUCAUUCAGUUGUGACCAGGGCAGCAGUGUCCAGUAUCACAAACCUCAAACUGGAUCACCUGGAUAUCUUGUAA